AUGAGCGAGGCGAACAGAGGGGGUGGCCAGCAGGAGGGAGGGAAAAACGACGGCGCGGCGUUCAACACCACAGGAAAGGGUGGCGGUAUGUACCAAGCAAGUCCAAACGAGGGGAACAAGUACCUGUACAAUAACGCCAAUUAUGGAGGGUAUGGCGCUCCAGGAAGUGGUUUAAGCAGUCUGCAAAAUUUUGGCGCGUUGAAUAGUCCCCACAGUGGCUAUCCAAAUGGUUACCAAAAUGGCUAUCAAAAUGGCUAUCAAAGUGGCUACCCGGGUGGGGGGUACCAAAAUAUGGCCUACCAAAUGGGUGGGAACCCAAGUGGAAGUUACUCAAAUUUCCAGAGCGGAAACUACGCCUAUAGUAAGAAUGAGAAUUAUUUCUCAAAUUUUAACCCCAGUGGGGAUAGCACUAGUUACAGUCAGGCGAAGGAUUGUGGUAACGCUAAGGAGGUGCCCGAAGAGGAGGCGAAGAAGAAUGAUAAGCAGACGGACCCACCAGGUGGCAACCCAAAUAACGAUGACAAGUAUGUAGAGAUGUACAUCAACAAGGUGAAGGAGAUUUACUACUUCCACGUGUUUUACCAUUAUCUAAAAUUAGGCUACCCAGAAAAGGAAGCCUCCAUGGAAUCGAAAAAAUACAUUUUCAUAACGUUGAGCAGAUACUUCCUCUUAGUGAAGAAUGCCAUCUUGUCAUCAGCAGAAUCGAUUAAGCAGAUAAAUAAUUGUGUGUCUUCAAAUUUGGGCUACUAUCAACAGCAGACAAACCUGCAGGAGUUUUUACUCAAUCAGCAGGCUAAUUUACAGAGCAUGAAUUUGGGUACGUUAAACAUUGGGAAUAUUAAUUUGCCUUUGAGUGAUCAUGAGAAGUUGGGCGAUCUGUCUAAGCUAAAUUGUGGUGAGGCUGGGAGUGGGCAACCCCGGGUGGGUGAAGCACCACAGGGGAGUACCCCCCCGAACAGUACCCUUCAGGCGAAUGACUCGACGGACGUGCAAAGUGGGAACAACCAAAAUAAUGUGUACAAUUUUAAGGCGGAAAAAAUUAACAAUAUGAUAGACUCAAUCGAAGAAAUGAAGAAGCUAAGCAAAAAUAAAAAAAUGAAUAAAUACACUUAUGAUGAGCAUACCAGCGGGGUAGGUGGAGAGGCCAACAACGGCAUGAUUAACGCCGGCAAGAAUUGCAAAGACUAUUCGUUUAGCAAUAAUGAGGAGGCGAAAAAGAAAAUUAGCUUUUCCCUGAGUAAGUCAAAAAAUAAAUUAUUUCAAAUGUAUAACAGAGGUGGGAAUGACCCUAGUCGGAGGACUGCCGGUGAGGAAGCUGGUGAGGGUGGCCUCUUCACUGAUGAAGGUAGGAACAACGAUCGGAAGGUGCAGGGUGGUAGUAUGUAUCCCCCCGCUGCGGUUAUGAUGAAGGGCCCAAGUCAAGUUGCAGGGAAUAACUUUGUCAGUGUAUUUCCGUAUGAUCAGCAGCGCAGUCGUAAUGAUGGGGGGGGUGAUCCCACUGGCGGGAGUGACUUCCCCGAGAGGGCUCAAAUGAAAGGGGGCCCCGGGGGGUAUGCGAACCGAGCAAGGGAAAGUAACGCACAUGACGGGUUUAACCACGACGGGGUGGGCAGUUACGCAGGUGGAGAGCACGUAAAGGGAAGCAGCAAUGGUUUUCACCUGAGCAGUCAAGCGGUGAAGGCGAACGAUGAAGGUGUGGCGAAUAGCAAGUACAAAAGGAAUGGUGCGUCAGGUUUUGGCAAUGUUAGUUACGCUUCUUAUGGUGGCGAGAGGGAGUCUCAUUUGUUCCCAAACGGGAUGCAUAUCAAAGGCGCUUAUGACGCGAGCGGCAAUCGCCUUGGCCGGAUGGGUCACCGGGGAGGGACCGGCAAGGAGCAGUUCGUGCCAGGCGCUAAGCAGAGGUAUGACGGGAAGCACACGGCGGGCGAUGAAGGCAGCGACGUGGAGGAGCGGCAGCAACUUGCGCAAAUGGCGCAGCAAGGGAGGGACGGCUGCUUUUAUAAAGAUGUAGGCGGCAGGAAGGACGCUACUGACAGGUACAGAGUGCAGAAGGAGGGCAUUCGGGAGGGCGAGGACCUGGACAGGGGCAAUCGGGGCGUCCAUAACGAGGGGGACUACGAUGGGGACUACGCCGCGGAUAACCUCAGCAGUGGCCUUCUCAGCGGGGGUAGCAGGUUUCCCCAGGUUGCGAGGGGGCACAGGACUUCCGCGGAGGAGGAACCCCCCGACGGACUGAAAAAGUGUGACACCUUUAAGAUUUACAUAAACAACAUACAGGAGGAGUUCAAGGAGGAAUGCAAGAACGCCGAUUUUGCGAAGAUCCUGAAGGAGUUCAUUAGCAGGCUAGUAGCUUGGAACAGGAAGAGAGCCACGAACACGAGGUUUUGGAGGUUCAACGUGAUGCCAACGAAGGAGGAUAUCUUCGCCAUGGACAUGCUCUUCUUCACGCGCAGAAAAGGCAAAAAGCGGUACGCGGCGAACGACGAGGACAACGACAUGGAGUACGGCCUCAACUUCAGCGACAAGAAGAAGAAGCUAAGCGCGGAGGAAAUCGAGAGCAGGGAUAGGCGGCUGGAAAAGUAUGGGGAUGUCUCCAAGGGGAGGAAGAACGAGCAGGCGGACAGCUCAUUUUACCUUGAUUACAGCGGAGCGCACGAUGGGGAUCACAGUGACUACAACACGCUGGAGAAGCUGCUCGACAAGUACAAUUUCUCCAGCUGCUAUAAGAAUAAGAAUUUUGUGGGGCUGUGCAAGAGCAUUCAGAAGUUUUUUUUCAGGCUGACGUCUCUCCCGGAGCGGAAAAAUGUGAGAAGCUUCUCCGUGAUAAAGUGCACCUACGCGUACGUGCUGCACAAGUACAACCAGGAUAGGAACUACAAGUACAUCAACGAGCAGUUCAGGUCCAUGCGCCAAGACAUGAACAUCCAAAACAUUUUCCACGACGACGUCGUCAACAUAUAUGAGACGAACAUCAGGAUCUGCAUCGUGAAUAAUGACCUUUUCCAGUUCCUGCAGUGCAUCAACAAGCUCUUCGAGUUGUACCAGCGGCUGAACAUAAAGAAGUCCAAGGUCGAAUUCCUGUGCUACAAGCUGAUCUACCUGACCCUCCAGAACAUGCACCAGGAGUUCCUCGUGGAAUACCUAACGCUGAGCGACGAGGAGAAGAGCCACGAAAACGUGCAGCUCUGCUACUACCUCAACGAGUGCAUCAAAAACAAAAUGUAUUUAGUAAACAUCAAUAUGGUGUCCCCCCUAGACGACGAAGCGAACCAUUUGUACAUCUAUAAGAGAGUGUUCAUCAACGAGCACAUUUUGACGUACCUGCCUAGCCUCAUGGGGUUGAGUGAGAAUAGGGAUUUGAACGUCAAUAUGAAUUUGCUAAUCCAGUUCGUGAAAGAGCACAGUGAGGUGAAGACUGAGGAGGUGGCGGAAUGUUCUGAAGGUGGUGCAGGCGCGAAGAGGGACGCUGUAAGGAUGCCCUAUCUGACCAACUACCUGAUCGUUUUGUUCCUGCCCAAGUACCGGCUCCUGGCACUCAUAAAUAUAUGCAUGACCAGCAUCAAGGUCGGCCUGCCCACCCUGACGAAGCUGCUGAACUUCCAGAACGACGAAACGUGUCUCAGCUUCCUCGAAGAGGUAAACACGAUUAUGAAAAAUAACGAAGUGAUAAGCAAGCCCUCCCUGGACAACCUGAUGAAGUCCCCCCUUUUGAAGAAUAAGUACAUUAAUCAUAUCAGGUGA